AUGCUUGACUACAAAGGAAGGUAUGACACCUUUGUUUCGCAAGAAUUGCCCUGGUUUCACCGGGAUCUGCUUCGCAUGCUUAGCCGCAUCGGCUUCAAGAGCAUGGAAGAAAAAAACCAGGACCAGGACCUUGAUGCCCUACUGGCGGAGAACCGUCGCUUGAAGCAGGAGUUGUCCAGGUUCGCCCGUCCUCAACCAGAGGCGCUUUAUCGUCCCCCCUGGCAGCCGCAGCCCGCGCAGCCGCGACGGAGACGAGUGUCCUCCGAUGUCAACGAGGCAACGCAAUUGCCGGCAUUGGCACCAGGCUAUCCUUCCCUGAGGAAAUCGGUGGCUCAGUCGUUGCCGGCACUGAGGAGAUCCACCAGUCCGAUUGCUGACCUCCGGCGGUGUUUUCUGAGCGCAGGGGCAUCGCGAGCUUUUGAGCAGUUGGAUGUCAAUCGAACUGGCUUCCUGAAUUUCCAUGAUUUUCAGCGCGCGGUGGAGGCCUCCGACGCCGGCUUUGAGCCGUCAUUGAUCGUAGAGGUUUUUGGUGCAUUGGCAGCGGAUGGGCAGCUCUCCAUUGAGACCUCGCAUUGCGUGGAUCUGCUCCAAACGGCCUCGGAGCUGCGAACACGGCCUCGGCUCGCAGGAAGCAGAGCCUACCGACAGGAGCUGAGAAAUUUGGAUGAUGCGGCCUAUGUGGCGGAGAUACAGGUCGGUCAGCAAAAUUUUGACGCCAUCCUCGACUCUGGCUCUUUCGAAUUAGUGAUCUUCACCCGCGACUGCGCUGGUUGCGGCAUGGCUGGGCAUCAGGGCUACGACCCCAAGCGAAGCCAGACCUUUGCGAAGGGCCGGUUGGUGCAGGAGCUGAGUUAUGGCAGCGGCGAUGCCUUGUGCAGCAAUGCCUUUGAUCGUCUCGACAUUGGCCCAGAGGAGAACGGACUGCAUGUGGAGCGACAACCCAUCUGGCUGGUGGAGAAGGCACAGAUGGAGAUCUUGGAGAACUCCCGUUUCCAAGCAAUUUUGGGUAUUGGACCACCAACCGCGGUGAAGCAGCAGGCGAAGAAUGAUUUGAAAUAUCUGCAGUCCUUGGACAACAAGUUGAAGGACUGGAACGUCACCGUUCCUGCCAGCAUCAAGAGUUCCUUGGAAGUCUGGGAGAUUUGGGGCGGGUGCAUGACGCAGUUGGGAACACCUCAUUUUGACGAUGAUCGUCGCGACAACGUCCCAGAAAAUCUGCAGCUGCAGUUUCUGUCGAUCUGCUUGCGCGCUGCCAGCGGCUCCAAAGGUGUGGCCGUUUGGCACGAUGCCGAUCCCAGGCACCGGUCGCCCUUCAAGCGGCUGGCGGUCAUUGGGAAGAUCACCUGGGGAUUGUCCUUGAAGAACGUGCAUCUGGUGUCGAAGGGCCAACGGAUUCCCAUUGCAUGUGCUGAUGGCUGCGGAGCAGUCCUGGACACCGGAACGUCGUUGAUCACGGCUCCGAGCGAUGCAGUGAAGAAGAUGGGCCAAGUGCUGCAGGCUCUGGGUGCCAACUGUCUACAGGAGCACAGCCUGCCACAUCUGGAGUUCCAACUGGGUGGCGAAACGUUAUCCUUGCCUCCCGCGGCCUUCAUCGGCUUCGUGAAGGGCAUCAUGCCCGCGCCAUGGAGGUUGCGCUUUCAUCAGGAGCCAUUUAUCCAGGUGGAGGACUGCGAGCUGCUCAUGAUGGACACUGGAAAGAUGACAUCCACCGAACAUGGUCCCCUUUGGAUCAUCGGCAUGCCCUUUUUCCGGCACUUUUACACCACCUUCGACUAUGGCAGCUCCGAUCACGAGACUUCCAUUUGGGUGGCCGAAGCCAGUCCCGAUUGCCAGCCGCAAGAAACGACAACCAACCUGCUACAGGUCGCAGGUACAUCGCUGUUGCGGGUGGAUCAGAGCAAAUUGAAGCUCUUGGAUUUGCACCCGUUGGAGCGUUCCAGCCACAUGGACAAGAUGGACACCCAGUCCUUGUUCAAGGCCUACAAACAUAAAUCUUUUGGGCAUCGGAACUUGAAUCGACAGCCACGGUGGCAUGAAGCAGAACGACGGUGCGAGUUCCAUGGCUAUCAAGAGACCUUGCGGCGGCGAAGAGAUCUCCGGAAGCAGUUUCGUGAAGAUCGGCAAGGCAUCAAGAUGGAGCAAAAGAGGGAGCUCGUACAAGGAAUUCAACCGUUAGAAUCCUUCUCCGGUUUUCGAGAGCAGGAGCAGCGGAACAUGGAGGUGCACCGGCAAAGGAUCCAAGAUGCCAUCCGUGGCUGUUCUCGGGCGCGCUACAACUUGGUGGAAAUUCAAAAGCAAAUGGCAGAUUUGGUUGCAGACCACGAUGAGGAGAGAGAGGUGACUUUUGCCUUCAAGGAUCUCUUCAGAAACAACGUCGCCAGGACAGAAGCUGAGCUGGCUUCCGACAGGAUGCGGUUCACGCUGACGCCAAAAGACAGGAAACAAAAGUCAGUCAUCUUUGGUAGUGUUGAUGAAGAUGGUCCACUACGCUGA